AUGACGAAACAACAAAGUCAUACGAAUAGACAGGUCGAUCUUCCACAGUUAAACGUCUCAGUUUAUGACGAUUUGAAGGAAUAUCAUGCCUCCACCAACGACAUCAGCAUAAAUAACAACAACACCACCAACAACAACAACAACAUCAACAACAACAACAACGAAAUUAAAAGUAGGGACAACAACGAAUGCAACAACAACGGCAACAACGGCAACAACAACAACAACAAGACUUACAACAAUGAAAAGACUCCGACCAAAUCAACCAGCCCUGGGGGGUUUUUUGGUCCCAAAACGCUGGGACGUAUAACACACUGUAUCUUUCUCUUCUUGACACAGCUCACCAAAUAUGUGAGGUGUUCGUGCCCGGCGUUGUUCUAUUUCACCCAAACACAAGUUUUGAGUUCACUUGAAGAUGCUAGAAAGGACUGCAGCAGACGAAACCUGACACUACUGGAGAUCAAGGACCAAGAGAUGCAAAGUGCCGUAGAGGAAUAUGUUUUCAAGAAUCAACAUUUAGACGGAAAGCGGAUCUGGCUGAAUCUCUACACAAUUAAUAGCUUUUUCUAUUGGAAAACAACUGAAGGCUAUGAGAAGUUAACUUACAUAAAAAUGAUCGUCCCUGGUGAUAUAUUUUACUUGAGUUGCAGCAAAAAUUUAAAUGGCGUGUAUGAUUGUUGGUGGUACGCUGAUUUUUCCACAUCCUCUAUACUAGUUACCGGGUGUAUUUACCUCUGCUAUUGCAAGCAGCAAGUGACCCCUGAUACCGGGGAUCAUGGGGAGACACUUCCUCUGCCACCAACAACAUCAUCGCCAUCUUCAUCAUCGCCAUCUUCACCAUCGUCAUCUUCAUCAUCGCUAGCAGUGGGCUUGGGAGUGGGAAUUCCUUCACUGAUUAUCAUAAUCACUGCGGUCGUCAUCAUCGUCGUUCUUCUGCGCAAGCUUAAAUCAAUGAAAGAACAGCUGGAAAAUGAGCAAGGCACUCGUCCAAAAGCAAGCGUUUAUGAAGUAUUAAACUAUAGUGGUGUGGGAUUAAACUCAAACAACAACAACAACCAUAAUUUAAAUAAUAAAAACUUAAAUAACAACAACAACAACGGCAACAAUAAUAAUGGGACCGGUUACGGUAAUCAAAAUUCUUUCUCUGUCAACAACGUCAACAACAACAACAACAACAACUUCAACAACAACAACGUCAACAACAACAACAACAACAACAACGUCACCAACAACAAUUACUGUAAUAAAAAUUCUGGCGUCAAAAACGAAACUCUGCCAAAUCAAAAUACCGUUAACAUUUCAAAGGCUGUUAAAGAUCGGGUUUUGGGGAGGUCGAUGGUCGCCAAUGUCUCGAAAGGAUAA